AUGAUCUCGAAUGCGGAUUGGGAAUACUGUUUACAAAAGUAUGGAGGAUUGUCUCUGUACUCCACAACCCGUCAGCCCGCAGCACACGCCGAUUGUGCAAACUGCUGGUGGGUAAAUGUCUACCGGCGUGCGCGCUGCUCAUUUAACCACCGUACUCCAGACCCCUUUGAACAACCUGUGAUCCCUAAUCCGGGCCUCUCUAACGUGAUUCCAGCCACGGGUCAAGAUUUUGACCGCCUGUUGGAGCCCAUUCAAGUGGCCACAGCUACACUCAUCCGAGAUUCUGCUAAUUAG